AUGUUAGGCUACCGACCUGCUGAUUCGCCAAUUGAGGUUAAUCACCAUCUUUGUAGUGGUGUUGGUGAUCUUGUGGAGAAGGAAAGGUACCAGCGACUUGUGGGAAGACUUAUAUAUUUAUCCCACACUCGUCCAGAUAUUGCCUAUGCGGUUGGGAUAAUGAGUCAAUUUAUGCAUGAGCCUCGUGCCCCUCAUUUGGAUGCAGUGUAUCGUAUUUUGAGGUAUCUUAAAUCUGCUCCUGGAAAAGGGAUUUUAUUUUCCAAUCAUGGUCACUUGAGAUUAGAGGCAUUCACAGAUGCUGAUUGGGCUGGUUCUAUAGAUGACAGGCGAUCUAUCUCCGGUUACUAUGCAUUUGUGGGGGGAAAUUUAGUGACAUGGUGUAGUAAGAAACAAAUAGUUGUGUCCAGAUCUAAUGUAGAGGCAGAAUACAGUGACAUGGCGUAUCUCAAUUGUUUGAUGCGUACUACAAGUCUAUUAUUGUUUGUUUAUGUAUAUACAACUACAAGUUUGCUACAUGUAUAUAAAUUGAUUGCUGUAUAUGAAGUAAGAUUGAAACAGUCUCAAUUGUUUGAUGCGUACUACAAUUGA